AUGACUGUAGAGUUAUGUGCACAGAAAGCGGCAGCAGCUGGUGCGACUUACUUCGGUGUCGAAUACUACGGAGAAUGUUAUUGGGGCAAUUCCAUCAACUCGGCCUCGACACAGCAGAAUGCCAACUUAUGUACCUCUUACUGCGCUGGAAACAAUCGGCAAGCAUGUGGGGGUUUAACGGGACAAUUAGGACUCUACGUUAACCCGUCAAACGUUGUGCCUAAAGAGGUUGGCAGCUACAAGACGUGGGUAACGCAAGGGUGCUAUUCUGAUUCCGCAGAUGCGCGCAGUCUUCCAAACACUUAUAAUGUGCCAAGCGGAACUGCGACGACAGUGGAAAUAUGCUUAGAUGCCGCCGCAGGGUUCAAGUAUGCUGCUGUUGAAUACGGAAAGGAGUGUUAUUAUGGGAACUACCUUUCGCCCUCGGCAUCUAAACAAGACUCUGGUUGCAAUAUGCAAUGCGCAGGAUCACCAUCUGAGCUCUGUGGCGGAGGUAACCGUAUUAAUCUCUAUCAAAAUAAUGCCUACAGCCAGCCCGCAUCCGAGAAGCCCUCGGUUGGAUCUUUCUCAUCGAUAGGAUGCUAUAGUGACAGCGGCUCGGCAAGAGCACUGACUGCAGGAUCGUCGACAAGCGACAGCAUGACCGUGGAACAGUGCGUCAAGCUUGCAGGAAGCCAUAAAUAUGCUGCCGUCGAGUACGCGAAGUAA